CGAAAAAAAGAGGUAUAGAAUAAUGGUAAUAAAACCAACAAACAUGUAAUGACGAAAAUCGAAGAAGCCUUCGUAGCUUCAUUCCCUUUAUUGUGCUUUCUUCCGAUCCUUUUUCUCGUAAUCCUCAUUUAGCCUUAAAUCAUGUCUCGUCUGAAACGUAUCCCUCUUCUAAUAUUUCUCGUUCGACUAUUCUUGAUCAUCGAGCCGUCUCGUUCGGACAAAAACGUCUACACUUUCCCUUGUUCAGACAAGAUCCAAUCAUGCAACGCUCUUCUCUACCAGCACAACGGUUUUCCGAAAGAUCAAAUCGCCUCUUUGUACUCGGUCAACGCCUCGCAGAUCACGCCCGUAAACAAACAAGACUACCUAGUAUCGGUCAACUGCUCAUGCAAGAACAUCGAGCGCACACUCGGAUAUUUCUACGACGUAGUUUACAAGCCGAGAUCAAACGACAGCUUAUACGAUGUGUCGAGAAAUAAUUUCAGCGGCCAAGUUUGGGAAGGAGUGAAAGACACAAAUCUCACCUUCGGAGUUGACAAAACUCUGCAUCUACUGUGUGGCUGUGUUGAUAACGACUCGGAAGUUGUUGUUACGUAUACGGUUCAAGCCCACGAUACGAUCUCCUCCAUUGCAGCGCCACUCUCUGCUGAGGUGGACAGAAUCGAGAAUGUAAACACGUAUUUGGCUCCAAAUCCUUCGUAUAUCGAAGAAGGGUGGCUAUUAUAUAUCCCCAUGGAAAAAUGUGGGAUUCCUAAUCCAAAUAAACGGGCAAAGAAGAAGAUGCAUAAAUGGAUGAUAAUAGUUGGGAUAUUAUCGUGUGUGACAAUACUUACCGUGUGCACCUUGGCGAUAAUCCUGCUCAGAAGAAACAAAAACCGAAAACGAAUAGUCGAAGAUCCAAAAGCUUUCUCCAAGAACUCAAGCACAAAGAGUCAUUCCCUUAAGAAACAGUACACUUCUAGAGAAAAAAUGGAAGAUAUAACAGGCUUUGAAUCGGAGAAACCGACGUAUUACAAUAUCGAAGAGGUUGCAGAUGCUACAAACGACUUCGACGAAGCUAGAAAAAUCGGGCAAGGUGGUUAUGGAAGUGUUUACUAUGGUGUUCUUGGAGGACAGGAGGUUGCGAUAAAAAAGAUGAGAUCGAACAAGUCAAAGGAGUUUCUUGCUGAGCUCAAGGUGGAGCUGUUGGGCUAUGCCAGCGGAGACGACCACCUCUACUUGGUUUACGAGUACGUGCACAACGGCUCUCUCAGUGAACAUAUUCAUGAUCCAUUACUCAAAGGUCACGAUCCGCUGUCGUGGACUGCAAGAACACAAGUUGCACUUGAUUCUGCAAGGGGUAUUGAGUACAUACACGACCACACGAAAUCUCGAUACGUGCACCGUGAUAUUAAAACGACUAAUAUCCUCCUCGAUCGAGGGCUUAGAGCAAAGGUUGCAGAUUUUGGAUUAGCUAAGCUAGUUGGUCGAACUAACGAAGACGAGCUAUUAGCGACUCGGCUGGUCGGAACACCGGGAUAUCUUCCUCCCGAGUCUGUAAAAGAGCUGCAGGUGACUAUUAAGACGGACGUUUUCGCGUUUGGAGUUGUUCUUGCGGAGCUAAUAACCGGACAACGUGCGCUCAUACGAGACGUUCACGAACCGAAUAAGAUGAAAUCACUUAUCACAGUAAUAAAUAAUAUGUUCAACGACGAAGAUCCGGAGUUGGCAAUGGAAUCCAUUGUAGAUAGAAAUCUGAAAGGCAAUUAUCCUCCGGAAGAUGUGUACAAGGUGGCGGAAAUUGCACAAUGGUGCUUAAGCGAAGAGGCGAUAGACCGGCCGGAAAUGAGUGAAGUAGUGGUUGCGUUAACUCGUAUAAGAAUGACGUCGAUCGAAUGGGAAGCUUCGCUUGGCGGUAGCAGCCAGGUUUUUAGUGGAGUUUUCAGUGGCAGAUGA